AUGGCCACUUCUGUUUCGACUCCAAAGAGACAUACCAAAUCUCAAUCAACUUAUGCUUUUGACAAUACAGCAACCAAUGUUGCUGCUUCUCAAAUGAGAAAUGCUUUGAACAACUUGGCAGACACUGUUCAAGAUCCUGAAGUCAAGAGAAAGUUUGAAAAUGAAAUGGAUAACUUCUUUUCUUUGUUUAGAAGAUACUUGACUGAAAAGGCUUCAGGCACCACCUUGGAUUGGGAAAAAAUUAGAUCGCCAUCUGCCGAUGAAGUUGUCGCCUACUCCAAGCUUGACGAUGAUAAGUCCCAUGCAUCUGCUAAUUUGUCGAAAUUGGCUGUUUUGAAACUUAAUGGUGGUCUAGGUACUUCCAUGGGUUGUGUUGGUCCUAAAUCUGUUAUUGAAGUUAGGGAUGGAAACACAUUUUUGGACUUGUCGGUUAGACAAAUUGAGCACUUGAAUAGAACAUUUGAUGCUGAUGUUCCAUUGCUUUUGAUGAACUCCUUUAACACUGAUGCUGAUACUGCCAAGAUCAUCAAAAAGUAUCAAGGCCACAGAAUAAGAGUCAAGACUUUUAACCAAUCUAGAUUCCCAAGAAUAUACAAGGAUUCUCUAUUGCCAGUUCCAGAAUCCUAUGACGAUUCACUUGACAGUUGGUACCCACCGGGACAUGGUGAUUUGUUUGAAGCCUUGGUUCAAUCUGGGGAGCUCGAUGCAUUGUUAGCUCAAGGUAGGGAAAUCUUGUUUGUUUCCAAUGGUGAUAACUUGGGUGCAACUGUUGACAACAAAAUUCUUUCUCAUAUGAUUGAAACUGGUGCUGAAUAUAUUAUGGAGUUGACCGACAAGACAAGAGCUGAUGUCAAGGGUGGUACAUUGAUCAACUACCAAGGAGAAGUUAGAUUGUUGGAAAUCGCACAAGUUCCAAAAGAGCAUGUCGAAGAGUUCAAGAGUAUCAAAAAAUUCAAGUACUUCAACACUAACAAUUUAUGGAUCAACUUGAGGGCUAUUAAAAACUUGGUGGAAGCAAAUGCUAUUGAAGCUGAAAUCAUUCCAAAUCAAAAGUCAAUCUCUAAAGGUAACUCUGAGAUCAACGUUUUGCAAUUGGAAACUGCUGUUGGUGCUGCUAUUAGACACUUUAAGGGCGCCCACGGUGUGGUUGUCCCAAGAUCGAGGUUCUUGCCAGUUAAAACCUGUUCCGAUUUGUUAUUGGUCAAAUCAGAUUUGUUCUACUUAGAACACGGUGCAUUGAAAUUAGAUCCUACAAGAGAUGGAUUUUCUAACCCAUUGAUCAAAUUGGGAUCUCACUUUAAAAAAGUUAGUGGUUUCCAAGCUAGAAUUCCUCAUAUGCCAGGAAUCUUGGAAUUGGAUCAUUUAACCAUUACAGGAAAUGUCCAUAUCGGUAAAGGUGUGCAAUUGAAAGGUACCGUGAUUAUUGUUUGUAAUGAUGGUGAUAAGAUUGAUAUUCCAAAUGGAUCAAUUUUGGAGAACGUGGUGGUUACUGGUAACUUGACCCUCUUAGAACAUUAA